CCACCUGAACCAUCGCUCACAUUACCGCCUGAACCUCCCCAGCCACCCCCGUCCCACGUCCGUGGAAAAAUUGGCUUCCACGAAACUGGUCCCUGGUACCAAAAAGGUUGGGGACCGCUGUCCUAAAAGAUCACACAGUGCAGCACGGACAGACCAGGGCUCAUACCCAGGAGAGAAAGGCAGGCUCACAGAGUCACUGAUUGAGCCGAGCCGCUUGUGUGAACAGGUCGGGUCAGGCACUCGAGCUCUUGGAGACAGAGACAGAUGUGAUCUCUGCCUGGUUGAGUUCAUACUCGUGUGCAACAGAUGACAACCAGUAUACAAAGGAAUGGGUUGUGAUAAGCGCUGUGGAGGUGACAGUGGAGAGGUCACGUUAAAUGGGGUGGCCAGGGAAGGCCUCCAAGAACGUGACAUGUAAGCUGAACUCUGAAGGAGAUCCCUUCUGGAGAGGACAGCGGGCGAAAACGUGCGAUGGCCACGAGGCAGGGAAGAGCUUGCCCAGCUGGAAGAAGGGCUAGAAGCCGCCGUGGCUGGAGGUGCGCGGAGAGAGGAAGAGGCCGGGAGUUUGGGAUUUACUCACAGCGCGGUGGGGACUUAUGGGGGACCUAAGGCCAAAGAGUGGUACCUGACUGCUGUGCGGGGUUCAGAUCAGGGGAAACGAGGAACCCAGGGAGAGCCGUUAGAAGGCUGCUCUUGGGGUCCCGGGGAGGGCGAGAAAGGAGGCGGAGACGAUGGAGGGAUUCAGGACUAGUUUAGGGAUGCCUGGACUUGCUGAUGGACCUUGGGGCAGAGAUGAGCAUUAGCAUUAAAAUACUGCAAUAGGGGCUUCCCUGGUGGCGCAGUGGUUGAGAGUCCGCCUGCCGAUGCAGUGGACACGGGUUCGUGCCCCGGUCCGGGAAGAUCCCACAUGCCACGGAGCGGCUGGGCCCGUGAGCCAUGGCCGCUGCCUGCGCGUCCGGAGCCUGUGCUCCGCAAAGGGAGAGGCCACAACAGUGAGAGGCCCCCGUACCGCAAAAAAAAAAAAAAAAAAAAGUGAUUAAAAAAAACCCCACCACCACUCGAGGCGGAACCGGGGGAACCCCUCUACCCCUAGUCCCGGUCAACCUCUCCGCCUCCACCAGCGUAGCUCCCGGAUCCGGAACGUUUGUAGUGUGGGCACCCGCCUCCGGCGAGGGGCUGGCAAGAAAAGGACCACGUCCGGCGGGGGGGCAGGAAAGAGAAGGGCUGCUUCCGGCGCGACGGUUCCUCCCCGGCCCGGCAAUUUUAGGAAAUGGUUCGGGUGCUCUCGGAAGGAGAGACUUCUCCGUUCGGCUAGCUCUGUUCCCGCUGCCUCCGCUCGCCCGCAACCUCCGCGCCGCCAGCCUCUCCUGCCUCCGGUCUCGCCAGACCCCCCCAGGCUCCUUAAACAGCUCGGUCCUUGAAGUCCCUCUGUGUCCCUCGCGCCUUUAUAGCCUGUGUUCUCCGGGCUCCUCUAUCCUUCUGCCCGCCUUCCAGAGGCCGACUUUGCGGACGGUGGGAACCACCUGGCUUCCCCGGGCGGGAUUGACUGACCGAACGUCCAGUGACUAUCCUAAUCUGGCAGUUGGGGGGUUGGAGAGGUGGCCUGGCCUGGGACUGACCAGGUAGGGUCUUCCCCAGAAGUCAGACAUGGGACUCACUGGCCUCAGGGCAGCUAUGGCGCCUUCUGACUGCUCAGCCAGGGUGAUGGAAUUUGCCUGUCAGACUGACUAAUGGUGGACUGCCCUGGACUAAGCAGUUUUGGAGGAACCACCCAGGGUAAAGGCUCUGAACUGCCAGGUCCCUACCCCCAGGCUGACCAGCCCUGCCAACUUCAUUGACCUAUCCCCACCACCCGUGCACCCAUGGAGAAGAUGUCUCGCGUGACUACAGCCCUGGGUGGCAGCACGCUGACGGGCCGCACCAUGCACUGCCACCUGGAUGCACCAGCCAAUGCCAUCAGUGUGUGCCGUGACGCGGCCCAGGUGGUCGUGGCAGGCCGCAGCAUCUUCAAGAUCUAUGCCAUUGAGGAGGAGCAGUUUGUGGAGAAGCUGAACCUUCGUGUGGGCCGCAAGCCCUCGCUCAACCUGAGCUGUGCAGAUGUUGUUUGGCACCAGAUGGACGAGAACCUGCUUGCCACGGCGGCGACUAAUGGAGUCGUGGUCACCUGGAACCUGGGCCGGCCAUCCCGCAACAAGCAGGACCAGCUGUUUACGGAGCACAAACGCACGGUGAACAAAGUCUGCUUCCACCCCACUGAGGCCCACGUGCUGCUCAGUGGCUCCCAGGAUGGCUUCAUGAAGUGUUUCGACCUUCGCAGGAAGGACUCUGUCAGCACCUUCUCGGGCCAGUCUGAGAGUGUGCGUGACGUCCAGUUCAGCAUCCGGGACUACUUCACAUUCGCCUCCACCUUUGAGAACGGCAACGUGCAGCUCUGGGACAUUCGGCGGCCCGACCGCUGUGAGAGAAUGUUCACGGCCCACAAUGGGCCUGUCUUCUGCUGCGACUGGCACCCCGAGGACAGGGGCUGGUUGGCCACAGGUGGGCGUGACAAGAUGGUAAAGGUCUGGGACAUGACCACACACCGCGCUAAGGAGGUGCACUGCGUGCAAACCAUUGCAUCCGUGGCCAGAGUCAAGUGGCGGCCUGAGUGCCGCCACCACCUAGCUACGUGCUCCAUGAUGGUGGACCACAACAUCUACGUGUGGGACGUGCGCCGGCCUUUUGUGCCAGCUGCCAUGUUUGAGGAGCACCGCGAUGUCACAACAGGCAUUGCCUGGCGCCACCCGCACGAUCCCUCCUUCCUGCUCUCCGGCUCCAAGGACAGCACCCUAUGCCAGCACCUAUUCCGUGAUGCCAGCCAGCCUGUUGAGCGCGCCAACCCUGAGGGCCUCUGCUAUGGUCUCUUUGGGGAUCUGGCCUUCGCAGCCAAGGAGAGCCUAGUGGCCACUGAGUCGGGGCGCAAGCCCUACACUGGGGAUCGGCGCCACCCAAUUUUCUUCAAGCGCAAGUUGGACCCUGCCGAGCCCUUCUCAGGCCUCGCCUCCAGUGCCCUCAGUGUCUUUGAGAUGGAGCCUGGCAGCAGUAGCAUGAGCUGGUUCGUGGACACGGCUGAGCGUUAUGCCCUGGCUGGCCGGCCACUGGCCGAGCUUUGUGACCACAAUGCGAAAGUGGCUCGGGAGCUUGGCCGCAACCAGGUGGCGCAGACAUGGACCAUGCUACGGAUCAUCUACUGUAGUCCUGGCCUGGUGUCCACCACCAACCUCAACCACAGUGUGGGCAAGGGCAGCUCCUGUGGCCUGCCACUUAUGAACAGUUUCAAUCUAAAGGAUAUGGCCCCAGGGCUGGGCAGUGAGACUCGGCUGGACCGCAGCAAGGGUGAUGCACGGAGUGACACAGUGCUGCUGGACUCCUCAGCCACACUUAUCACCAACGAAGAUAACGAGGAGACCGAGGGCAGCGACGUGCCUGCCGAUUACUUGCUGGGCGAUGUGGAAGGUGAGGAUGACGAGCUGUACCUGCUAGACCCGGAACAUGCUCACUCUGAGGAGCCCGAGUAUGUGCUGCCCCAGGAAGCCUUCCCACUGCGCCACGAGAUUGUGGACACCCCACCCGGGCCUGAGCACCUGCAAGACAAGGCCGACUCGCCCCAUGUGAGUGGCAAUGAGGCAGAUGCAGCCUCCCUGGUGCCUGUGGACUCUUCCUUCUCACUCAUCUCCGUCUCACACGCACUGUACGACAGCCGCCUGCCGCCUGACUUCUUCAGUGCCCUGGUGUGUGACAUGCUGCGCUUCUAUGCGGAGCAGGGCGACGUGCAGAUGGCCGUGUCCGUGCUCAUUGUGCUGGGUGAACGCGUGCGCAAAGACAUCGACGAGCAGACCCAGGAGCACUGGUACACGUCCUACAUCGACCUGCUGCAGCGUUUCUGCCUCUGGAAUGUGUCCAACCAGGUGGUCAAGCUCAGCACCAGCCGUGCCAUCAGCUGCCUCAACCAGGCCUCCACCACCCUGCACGUCAACUGCAGUCACUGCAAGCGGCCCAUGAGCAGCCGGGGCUGGGUCUGCGACAGGUGCCACCACUGCGCCAGCAUGUGCGCCGUCUGCCACCACGUGGUCAAGGGUCUGUUCGUGUGGUGCCAGGGCUGCAGUCACGGCGGACACCUGCAGCACAUCAUGAAGUGGCUGGAGGGCAGCUCCCACUGCCCCGCCGGAUGCGGCCACCUGUGCGAGUACUCCUGACCCGCCUGCCGGACCUGGAUGGGUGUGCGGGGCUUGUGAACCAAAUAAAGGAAGCGGGAGACGUA